AUGGCCCCAAAACCCGUGAUCCUGUACGGUUCGCCGCGAUCGGGCAACUCACAGAAGGCGAUCCUCAUGUGCCACCUGCUGGGCCUGCCCUUUGAGCUGCGCACCCUGAACGGCCUGGCGGGCCCCGGCGCAGAGGCCAAGCAGGCGCCCUUCCUGCGCCUGAACCCCCUUGGCCAGGUGCCCGUGCUGAUUGACCCCAACGCGGCCCCAGAGCCGGCCCUAGGCGACGCCGGCGCCACCGGGGAGCCCCAGAGCCCCGAGGGCGUGGUGAUUCGCGAGAGCGCCGCCAUACUCACAUACCUGGCUGCGAAAUACGCCCCUGCGGCCAGCAGCUGGCUUCCCGGGCGCGAGGACCCCGUAAGGGCGGCGCGCGUGGCGGGCUGGCUGCAAUACUCAGGGGGGGAGGUCGCCAACUCUCUUCAAAGGGUGCGCGGCGCCUCGCUGUUUGGGGUGGACAUCUCGCCGCUGACUGUGCAGGACUUGGUGGCCAGCGGGCGCCGCGUGCUGGCAUACCUUGACAGCCAGCUCGCUGCCGGCGUCGCCGCGGGCCGCGACUGGCUGGUCGAGGGCCCCUCCCCCACCAUCGCCGACGUCCACCUCUUCCCAUACGUGGCGUUGGUGGAGGAGUCCUCAAAGGGUGCUCUCUUGCUGGAUGCCUAUCCGGCCGUGCGCGACUGGGUCGCGCGCGUCUCGCGGCUCCCGGGUUUUGUCGCCAUCCCUGAUCCCGCGCAGCAGCCGGGCGACGCCAGCAGCAGCGGCGGCGAAUGCGGACCCAGCACCAGCUUUGGCGGCAGCGGCGGCGAUGAGCAGCAGCAGCACCAACAGCAGGACCAGCAGCAGCAGCAGCGGCAGCAGCACGCGGCCGGCCCCCUGAGCUGGGCCGCCCGCGGCACCGGCGCCCUCGGCGCCGCCGCGGCCGGCUCGUGGGCUGUCGCCUUCCCGGGCCUCGGCGGCGGCGGCGGCGGCGGGAACGGCGGCAGCGGCGGGAACGGUGGCGGCGGCGGCGGCGGCUGGUGGAGCGGCUUUGGCGGCGGCGGCGAGGGCGGCUACGCCGGUAUCCCCGCGUUCGACCUCGCCGCCGCCGACGACGGCGCCCAGAAGAAGAAGAAGUCCAAGAAGCAGCAGCAGCAGCAGCCCGAGGAGGACGCAGAGGCGCUCGCAGAAGACGCCCUGCUGGAGGAAGCCGAGCAGGCGACCGAGGAUGCCGCCGCCGCCGGCGGCGGCGGGCGCGGCGCGGCGGUCGACGCGCUGAUCACUUCCGAGGGCGAGCUGGAUGAGAUGCUGCAGGAGGCGGGGCUUGAGGGCGACGGGCGGCGCCACGGGACGCGGCGGUGCGUGGAGGUGGUGGUGGAGGGCUGGCCGGAGGUCGGGGCGCUGCCAAAGAUGGGCGAGCUCAAGGACAUGCUGUCCGUCCAGGAGGGCUUCGUAUUCGACUACCAGGACGUGGUGGACGACAGGAGGAAGCUGGAGCUGUGA